CCCUCUCGCUGGUCGGCAGGAAGGAACCGGCGCCUUCCCAUUCGCUGCUCGCUCCCAAUGAUGGCCGGCGCACACAUCUUACAACUCCUACAUCCCUGCCUUCCGGAAACCCCCUUCACCGGCAAUUUCCUGCCCUACGACGCCGGCUCGUCCUCCUCCUCCGACGCCGUCGACGGCGAAGGUGGCGAGGACCGCAUCAGCGCCCUCCCCGACGACCUCCUGCGCAACAUCAUCUCCCGCCUCCCCGUCAAGGACGCCGCCCGCACCACCACGCUCUCCCCUCGCUGGCGCGGCCUCUGGCGCUCCACCCCGCUCGCCCUCGAAGAUCGCCACCUCUUCCGGCUGUCGUACAUGUCGGACGGCAUCGACUGGGGCACCCUUGCCGCCGACGUCUCGCGCGUCCUCGUCUCCCACCCGGGCCCCUUCCGCUGGGUCCACCUCUCCUGGAACUUCAUGGGCGACCGGGAGAAGGCGCUCGCCAAGUGGCUCCGCCUCUUCGCCGCCAAGGGCGUGGAGAGCCUCGUCCUCGUCAACCGCCCCUGGCCCCUCGACGUGCCCCUGCCGGCGACCAUCCUCCGCUGCGCCUCGCUCCGCCGCCUCUACCUCGGCGUCUGGCACUUCGCCGACACCUCCCGCCUCUCGCGCGGCCCCGCCGUCUUCCCCCACCUCCAGGAGCUCGGCAUCUGCCACACAAUCAUGCAGGAGUGCGACCUCGAGUACCUAUUCGACUGCAGCCCGGAUCUCCAGAUUUUUGGGCUCAUCCUCAGCUACGGCUUCCCCUCGAGCGUUCGAAUCCGCAGCGAGAGCCUGCUCUGCAUGAUCUUCUGGAUGUCCAUGGCGGAAGAGCUCGCCGUCGUGGCCGCCCCACACCUUCAGCGGCUCAUCCUCCACUCCGCUGGAACUAGUAGACGCACAAUGAAGGUCAAGAUUGGAAAUGCUCAUGAGCUCACCGUGCUUGGCUACUUGGACACGGCCACCCACAUGCUUGAGAUCGGCAACACCAUCAUCAAGGCUGCGGUAACAAAUGUGACCCCAAAUGCUACGGUUCCAAGUGUCAAGGUGUUAGCUUUGAAGGUGGGUUUCGGAGACGUGGAGGAAGUGAAGACCUUGCUCAGUUUCCUGAGGUGCUUUCCCAAAGUUGAGACGCUACACGUUAUGGUUUCGUCCUGUGGAGCCAUCGGCGACGAGAACGAGGAAGAGGAGGAGAAGGAUGACAACUCAGAAGGCGACGAGAAUGAGGAGAACAAAGAGCAGGACGACAACAAAGAGGGCGGCGAAGGCAUUGGCGAGCUCAGUUCCAUGAUCGGGCAGGAGGUUGGUCCGAUCGAGUGCCUGGAGUCGCAUGUGAAGAAGCUGGUGCUGGAUCAGUUCAGCUUUGGGGUCAACGAGCUUGGAUUCCUCAAGUUGGUGCUGGGGAGAGCACAGAUGCUGCAGAACGUCGUGCUGGUGCUGGCCGGUGGGAAGCCUUCCGUGGGUGCGGCGGAGGCCAUGGAGAUGCUGGGGAUGCUGGGUACCAUGAAGUGGGCCAAUAAGGAGUGUGAGUUGGCGGUGCGUGCACGUCGAGGGCAUGAUUGGAGCUACCGCAGAGCAUCUGAUCUUUCUCUGAGUGACCCGUUUCUUGGUUAAGGCAAUGCAGUAACUGAUGAGCGUUAAUUAGCAGCUAGAGCAUCGAUCAUUUUGGUUGUUUGUUGUCUGAAGAACUUAGUAGUGUUGGACUGGCAGCAGCUAUGCAAAAGACUUGCUACUCUCUCCUCUCCUAUUUUGUUAUCUGCAUUCGACGCUAGCUAGUACUAGCUUUUCUCAGACUCGAACUUAAUUGCUACUCCGUAGUUUGUUGGUACCUAUAUCGUGGUGUGACCUGCCUGACAUUGUUGGUUUUACAAUCACGCAACAAUAUUUAUGGGGCGUAUGUAUGGUUAAAGCUGCUGGGGUUCCUUUU